UUUAAAAAUAAGUAUUGAAUUGUCACAGUUCUUAAGAAUUGUAUAGAAGAUGGGAAAUUCUGUGUUUAUUUUAUUAGUUAUCCUUCAUGCUGGGAAAUGCUUUCUAGUCCCUCCAUCCAAAAAUAGUACUAAUGAUGGAUCCUUCCCCCAUUCUUACUCGUCGGAAAAUUCAGGGACCUCACUGGAUACCAACAUCCUCCAUGAUAUUCUUUCACAGGAAACUGCACUAAGAAUUCGCCUGCAGAAAGACGUAGAGACAAUGAUGAAUGAAUUUGCUACAUUUAAAGCAUCUAUGACAAACGAAAUAAAUUCUUUGAAACAAGAUAUUGCAGAACUGAAGACUGAAAACUAUGAACUUCGCCAGAAUUAUACUGCUUUGAAAUCUUUUUGUAGUCAUGAAUGCCAAAACAAUGUCUCUUUUUCUACAGUGCAUAUGGAUGAUUUUAACGCAAUAAGCAACCUAAAGAAACAAGUGAGAUAUUUGUCACUUUCUCUUUUGGACCUACAAAAACAAUCCGGUGUAUUAAAUGAAACUUUACAAGAUAACUUUAGGAAUGUGUCAGGAAAUAUGAAUUCGGGUUUGAAAGACGCAAUGAUAGAUAUCCUAAAUGUAAAAGAGGAACAGAACAAAAUUAAAAUCUCACUUGCGAGUAUGGACAAAACACAUAUACAAAUGACUUCAUCAUUAAAAGAUGAUUUGAAUGUGACAUUAAGUGAUCUGAAGACUAGCCUCGGUAGAACAGAACGUCAACAGGUUGAUCUGGUGAAAUCUUUAUCAGCACUUGAAUGGAACAUGUCAUCCCUUGUCCAGUCAGAAACACUCAAAAUUGGAUUUACAGCUUCAAUGACUACAUCCGACACGAGUACAACGUCUGGACGACGAUUGGUCUUCCCGCACAUUAUACUUAAUGAAGGAAACGGUUACAAUUCUAACGAUGGUGUCUUUACAGCCCCUGUGAAUGGAAUUUACCUGUUCUAUUCGUCUCUCACUUCUUACUCUACUGAUUACUGUUCAUGUUACAUUGUUCGUAAUGGCAGUAUUAAAGUCAGGUUAUACACAGGUGCAGCUCAUGAUCAAUCGGUUUCAAAUAUGGUUUUGCUCUUACUUCAAAAGAAUGACAGGAUUUGGUUGAAAAUGGCAGCCGGGACACGGAUUUAUUCAAACGAAAACUCUCCUUCAACAUUUUCAGGAUACUUAAUAAAUGUGGCAUAACAGAAAAUGGAGCAAUGAAAAUUUUAUGUAAAUAUGAUAAACCUGCACGGUUUCUUAUAGAAGUGUGACAGACUUCCUGUAUAUUUAAAUUUGAUUGGGAAG